CUUGCGCAUCCCGAUGCCCUGGCACACGAUGACCACGAUGACGAGCACUCAUGCAAAGGAGCUGCCCACGGUGACGGUACCGUCGCCUGGGGCAGGAGGAUCGUGUCUGAACGACUUCUGUGCGCUUCGGUCUUGGUGGCCUGCGCUCUCUCCGUCCUAUCCUCGGUUGUCACCAUGACCCUGGUAGCCUUCGGAAACACCUCCGAUGCUGGUGUUGAAUAUCUGGAGUACGCGAGCACGUACAUCGGACUGGACUCGGUGUUCCGCAACCCAGCAGCUACUCCACUGCGCCCUCUCCGCGACUUCCCUGUUGUAGUCGGCAUCGUCGACCAACUGCGGCCUACGAUGUCAUACCCAGACACACCAUCGUGGGAAUCGACCUUCGGUGCUGUAUACACAGCGGAUCGUGGUGUUCGGAUGUCCCCGACCGCGGCCACGGUGGUCCAGUUCUGGGCUGGCGAUUACGGCAUGGAGCGUUGCUCCCUGGAGUUCACUCUACCUGCUUCUGCAGGGGGGGAGACUGUCUUCAUCCAGGCAUGGCACGUUGACGCACCCCAGAGACUCUCACCUGAGAGCCUCGCCUGGGACAGCCGCCCAAAGAAGAGCGGGCUCCUGCUCUCGCAAGAAUUGAAAGCAAACAGUACAGUCCGAUCUGAGGAGUUCUACUGUCGCUCCGGGUCAUUUCAGGCUUUCGAGCUCGGGUGCAUGGGGGACGGAUGCCUGGUUGACUUCCGUCAAAACCCGAAGAUGGAAGCAGGCGGUGUGUGGUUGAUCCAGCGCUCUUCUAUGUGAACGCGCAGGUGUUCGACUGAUAUGCAGUAUUUGUAUUCAAUUGGGCAUUUACAUCGUUAAAUUGAUCC